AUGGCUGGGACAUCUCGGCGUCCUGCUGCUACGCCUCGCCAGCUUGUCGCGGCGUUAGCCUACCUGCUCCUGAACUGCCCCGUGCUACGGGGACAGGUACUCUCGCCUGGGACUGAACCUCACCCGGUGCUCCACCUGCCCACCUGGGGCGCACUUGGUUGCAGCAGCCGCGACGGUCCCAGCGUCCUGAUCACCAACCCUGUGUUCCGGGUGCCCGUAGGGCGCUCGCUUUGGCUCGACCCGCUCCGGGACCUGGUGAUUCGAGUGCAGCCGGGGGACCGGUGCGAGGUGACGGUGCUGGACGCCCUGCCUCUGCACCACGGCGCGCUCUGCCCGCGCCGCUUCCCCUGCGCCUUCGGGCCCCGCCAGGUCCGGUACACUCACUUCGGUUCCCGCAGCUCCGGACGCGCCCGGGUGCGGCUGCAGCUGCUCUGCGAAACCCCGACUUACACGCUGGCGCUGCGGUUCACGGUGGCGGUGGUCGUGGUCUUCUCCCACUUGGAGCUGGUAACGCGCAACGGGCCUUUGGCGGUGGAGAAGCUGCGGGGCUGGAGCCCGGCCAUCGACAGGAGAGUGCUGGACUUCGCCUCCCUGGAGUCCGGAGCCGCGAGCGCCCGCAGGUGCCGGCUCAUCCCUCUUCCACCCGAGGGCGGCCCACUGCCCAGGUACGGGCGUUUGGUGGACGCCGUGGGGGUCCCUCUCACCAGAGGCAAGGGCAUAGACUGUGAAGCUUUUGUCCGGGCCGGCGUGCGCUACCAGCACACCGCCACCACCCCCUCGCCCAACCGGGACUAUGUGCCCAUGGUGGUGGAGCUGCUAGGGCGAGAGGACCGAGGAGCUGGGUCGGUGGAGGUGCUGCUCCGUGAGCACUUCCAGCUUCUGGUGAGGAUCCUCGAGGGAGCCGAGAACACCACGCCCAAGCCCAGCUUUGAGGCCCUGAUGAUGAUGGAGGUCGAUCAGUUUCUGCUGACGGCUCUGACGCCUGAUGCACUAGCUGCGGAGGAUAUGGAGUCUGACCCUGAUGACCUGGUCUUCAACGUUCUCAAUGCCCCCACAACUACUUCAGGGCAGCAGGGCUACUUGGUCAGCACUGACGACCCCCUGGGCCUUCCAGUCUCCUUCUUCACCCAGAGGGAGCUGCGGGAACUAACAAUUGCCUACCAGCCGCCUACAGAGAAAUUGGAUGGGGAGCACCUCUUCCAGCUGGAGCUGGAGGUGAUGGACAGAGAUGGCGCCACCUCAGACCCCUUUGCCUUCAUGGUGCUAGUGAAGUCCAUGAACAUCUUGGCCCCAGUGGCUAGCUAUAACCAGGGACUACUGCUUUUUGAAGGUCAGUCAAGUCCCCUAUCCAGUGCCCACAACCUUCAAAUCAGUGAUAAUUCUAACCUGGAGGAGGUGAAAGUAGCUGCAGUCAGGGGCUUGAGACAUGGGCAGCUAGUGGUGCUUGGGGCACCUGCUGGGUGCAAGCAUUUCACACCAGUGGACCUGGCAGCAGGGCGAGUGGUGUACCAGCAUGAUGGCAGUGACACCUACAGUGACAACAUCAUCUUCCAGAUGAAGGAUGGGCACAACCAGGUGGAAUUCCUCUUCCCGGUCACCAUUAUACCUGUUGAUGAUGAACCACCAAUGGUCAGUGCUAACACUGGGCUCUCAGUGACUGAAGGGCAGGUGGUCCAGAUCUCCCCCUUUGUCCUGAGUGCUACAGAUAUUGACUCUGAGGACUCAACCAUCUGCUUUGUGCUGGAGGACCAGCCUCUGGAAGAAAAAGAGGAAGAAAGAGGGUGGGAUCUGGCUGCUGGUUCCUCCCACUCAAGUCAGCUCCUGGGGGAGACGCUGCUGCGGCAGGUUGAACCACCUCUGUCCUCCGAAGAGGAAGACUGGCAUUAUGUGGGAAAGGAAGGACUUUAUGAGACGGUAGUGACUGAGUGGCUUCAGCGAGACAUAAUGGAAGGGAAAGUCUUCUACCACCAUCUUGGACCCCAUAGCCCUCAAUCUGUUAUGACCCAGCUGACUUUCCAUGUGCAGGAUGACCAUGACCCUCCCAAUCUAUCCAAGCAGCACUUCUUCACCAUCAAGGUUCAACCAGUGGAUCUGCAGAGUCCCGAGCUUUUUCCAGGAACUACCCUUGAAAUGACUGUGCAAGAAUAUCAACUCACUCACUUCCAGAAGAAAUUCCUCCAAUACAUUGACCAGGACUCAGAUGACCAGAACCUAUGGUACACCCUAUUGACACCUCCAACUGACACAGAUGGCAACCACCCAGUCCAGGCUGGAGACAUUGUGCUUACUGAUUCACCAGACACACCCAUCGUGCACUUUACCCAGGCCCAGGUGAAUCACCACAAAGUCGCCUACCAGCCUCCACAGAAGAAGCUGGGUAUUGUACCACGGGUUGUGCAGUUCACCUACCAGGUGAAGGAUGCUGCAGGCAACAGUAUAACAGGCACAUUCACAUUAUUCCUGAAGCCUGUGGACAAUCAGCCUCCAGUAGUUACCAACAGAGGCUUUACUGUCUUAGAGGGAGAAAGCUUUAUCCUCAGCAGUAAUGAGCUGGAUGUUACAGACCCUGACACAGACAUUGACCAGAUUGUCUUCAUGUUAGUCUGGGGUCCCCAACAUGGACACUUGCAGUACUUAAAAAAAUGUAUGGUCCUGGGGGAAUCUUUUAGGCAAGCUGAUAUUAUUAAUGGGAGUGUCUCUUACCAGCACAGCAGAGACCAGAGUACCAGUGACACCUUCCAUCUGGAGGUAAGUGACAGGGUACACCACGUACCCAUCACUGUCAAGAUUUCUGUGCAUCCCACUGCAGCUGACAGAAGUCCCAGGAUCUCUUUUCCAGGUAGUUCAUUAUUAGAUGUUUCCAUAGAUGUACUGGAAAACAGAGCCACUGAGAUUACCAUGGGUAUCAUCCAUGGCAAAAGGAAGGGCACAAGAGACUUGAUGCUGUCUUUCAUCAUGGAAAACAGUCCCCAGUUGGGCACUAUUCUGGUGAAUGGAUUAUCCACAGAACAAUUCACUCAAGAGGACCUCAUUAGUGGGGCAGUAGUCUACGUCCACACUGGAGGUGAAGUUGGUUUCCAGAAGCAACAUGAUACCUUCAGCUUUGCUGUCUCCAAGGGUUCUUAUCAAUGGGUGGUUGGGGACAGCAUAGUGGAGAGAGUGCAGGUGCAAGUGAUAGUGCUGCCUGUGGACAACGUGGUCCCCAAGGUCUUGGUGAGAGAGGCAUACGUUGUUUAUGAAGGUGGGAAGAGCCCCUUGACCUUAGAACAUCUCAAUAUUGAAGAUGUGGACACUCCCCAAGAUGAAAUCCUAUGCACAGUGACUGGUCAGCCAGCCUCUGGCUACCUGGAAAAUAUUGCACCAGCUCCUGGCUCAGAAGUGUCACAGGCUGGUAGCCCCAUCAGUGCUUUCUCCAUCAGAGAUGUCCAGAUGAUGCAUAUCAAUUACAUACAAAGUAUCCACAAGGGGGUAGAGCCACAAGAAGAUCAAUUUAUCUUUUAUUGCUCUGAUGGCAUUAACUUCUCCCCAAAUAUCUUCUUCCCUAUAAUCAUCUUACCCACCAAUGAUGAGCAGCCUGAACUUUUUGCCCGUAAGUUUGUGGUAUUAGAGGGGAUGAGCCUGGUCAUAGACACCCCACUGCUCAAUGGGGCAGAUGCUGACUUGCCACCAAAUGAGCUUCACUUUCAACUCACAGCCCUCCCUCGACAUGGACGAAUCAUACGGCAGCUGGCCACAGGCAGCCAGCCCAUCCACAGCUUCACCUUACAGGAGAUCCAGGAGGCCUCCACCAUUGUGUAUGAGCAUGAUGACUCUGAGACCUCAGAGGACAGUUUUGAGGUCUGGCUGAGUGAUGGCAAGCAUACUACCCACAGGAAGGUACCCAUUGUGGUGAUCCUGGUAGAUGAUGAGACCCCUCGGCUCACCAUCAAUGGUGGGCUGGAAUUAGAGACUGGACACACUGCAGUCAUCACAAAUCAGGUCCUCAAGGCCACAGAUCUUGACUCAGAUGAUAAACGCCUCAGUUUUGUCCUCCGUUCUGGGCCUCAACAAGGGCUUCUACAGAGACUGAGACAACCCAAAGGGGAAGUGAGGAACAACCUCACCCUGGGAAUGAACUUUACCCAGGAUGAGAUUGACAGAGGCCUCAUCUGUUACACCCACACAGGCCAAGAAGGAGUUCUUGACCUUAUCAAGUUUGAUGUGACUGAUGGUGUUAACCAUUUGAUAUACCACUACUUCUAUGUCACCAUUGGCAGCUUGGACAGGGUCUUCCUUAAGGUCAUCAGCAAAGGGGUCACUUUGACAGAAGGUGGCAGAGUGGCCCUCACCACUGAUCUACUUAGCACCAGUGACAUCAACAGCUCUGAUGAACAGCUUCACUUUAGCAUCACACAGGCUCCUAGCCUGGGGCACUUAGAAAGUUCUGACCACCCUGGGGAACCCAUUGCCUCUUUCACUCAGCUUCAGUUGGCUGGCAACAAACUAUUCUAUGUCCACACUUCAAAUGAUGAGAUAAAGAUGGACAGCUUUGAGUUUCAAGUGACUGAUGGACACAACCCUGUGUUCCGAACCAUCAGGAUCUUCAUCACAGAUGUGGACAAUAAGAAACCUAUCUUGACCAUCCAUAAACUAAUAUUGCAGGAAGGGGAAAGCAAGCUGAUCACUCCCUUUGAGUUGACAGCGGAAGACAAGGAUACCCCAGAUGAUCUUCUCCUCUUUAGCAUCACCCAGGUCCCCUUCCACGGCAAGAUUUUGUAUAAUGGCAGCCAUCCUGUGACCACCUUCACCAAACGGGACCUGAACGAGAACUUGAUUAGCUAUUGGCACAAUGGCAGUGAGACGACUGAAGACAGCUUCUCCUUGACUGUGACAGAUGGCACUCAUGCUGAUUUCUAUGUCUUCCCAGACACUGCCCUGGAGACACACAAACCUCAGGUAAUGAAGAUCCACAUAUGCCCUCUAGACAACAGGCUCCCUCAGAUUGCCUUUAACAGGGGAGCCCCAGCCUUGAAGCACCUUCACACUGGACACGUGGACUUCCUGAUUACCAACAAGUCUCUGAAGGCAGAGCAUCAGGAUGGCCCCCACAGGCUCCUGAAGUAUAAAGUGACCAGAGGACCAGAGCAUGGCUUCAUUAUCAACGCUGGCCUUGGAAACGAGAGCACGCGAGUGUUUACACAAGCUGACAUUGACGAGAUGAGGAUGCGCUACAUCUUGAACGAAGGCAGCAAGGCAACAGAAGACGUCUUCUACCUCUCUGUUGAAGACAAUGGAGGAAAUAAGCUAACAAAUCAACCUUUUCUUCUAAACUGGGCUUGGAUUUCUUUGGAGAAAGAGUACUACAUUGUAGAUGAAGACUCCAUGUUCUUAGAAGUGACCCUCACACGCAGAGGAUACCUAGGAGAAACAUCCUUCAUCAGCAUUGUAACCAAAGAUUAAACUGCAAAAAAAGAUAAAGAUCUUAAAGGAAAGGCCCAGAAACAGAUCCAGUUCAAUCCUGGACAGACUACAGCCACAUGGAGAAUGAGAAUUAUAUCUGACAAUGAAUAUGAGGUUUCAGAGACCUUCCAGAUCAUUCUGUUGGACCCUGUCAUGGCUGCACUGGAGUUUCCAGAAAUGGCAACUGUUGAAAUCGUAGACCCUGGAGAUGAAUCAACAGUUUAUAUUCCAGAAGCAGAAUACAAAAUAGAAGAGGAUGUUGGGGAGCUUUUGAUUCCUGUAAGACGAUCUGGAGAUGCAAGCCAGGAACUAACGGUCGUUUGCUCUACACAUCAAGGUUCUGCCACAGGCACCAUUUCUUCCACCAUGUUGUCUCUCUCUGACUAUGUCUCAUGUCCAAAAGACCACACCAGCACCCUUCGCUUUGACAAGGAUGAGACUGAGAAGACCUGCCAGGUCCUGAUCAUCGAUGACUCCCUUUAUGAAGAAGAGGAAUCCUUCAGUGUUUCGCUGAGCCUGCCCAUAGGAGGGCAACUGGGAGCCAAGUUCCCCAGCACCAAGGUGAUUAUCCAGGCCGAUCGUGAUGAUGAGCCUGCCCUGCACUUUGGGGACGCUGAGUAUCACGUGGAGGAAAGCGCUGGCUCCGUGGAGGUUUGCGUCUGGAGGACAGGCACUGACCUUUCCCAAGCAUCCUCCGUCACCGUGCGCUCCAGGAGGACAGAGACAGCGUCAGCAGAAGCUGGAAUAGAUUAUAUUGGUGUCAGCCGAAAUCUGGACUUUGCUCCAGGAGUGCGCAUGCAGAUAUUCCAAGUGACGAUCCUUGAUGACCCGGAAAAGCCCAUCUUGGAGGGUCCAGAGAGGUUUGAAUUAUUUCUCCAGAUGCCUAUGGGUGCAGUGCUUGGAGAACCCAAUAAAACCACCAUUUUCAUCAAUGACACCAUCACUGACUGUGAGCAGAGUGCUUGGAGUUCCUUUGAUUGA